AUGCAAAAUGAUGCCGCUACAAAGAGUCCAGCAUCUCGCAUCAUAGUUCUCAAUCAAUUGCUCACUGGAUAUUGUUCAGCAGUAGAAUCAACAGCAGUGUCAGAAGAACCACCAUCAGUAACAGCAGAAGUAACUCCUCCAGCAAUAGAACCAGCUCCUACAGCAGCAACAUCAUCACCAGCAGUAGCAGAACAAACUCCUUCACCAGCAAUCGCAGAAGAAAUACCAUCAGCAACAGCAGAAGCAACUCCUCCAGCAGUAGAACCAGUUCCUAUAGCAGCAGCACCAUCUCCCACACUGGCAGUAGCAGAACCAACUCCUUUAACAGUAAUAGCAGAAACAACUCCUCCACCAGCAGCAACUAAACCAACUUCUCCACCAGAAAAAACAGAACCAGCUCCUCCUCCAUCAUCUUCAGGGGUAGCAGAAAAGAAUAGACCAGUAACAGUAAGUAAAGUAUCAUCUUUAUCUCAUGAUGAAGUGGUACCAAAUGAUUUUGGAAAACAUGAUCUUAUAAAACUUGUUGACAGUGAAGUUAAACAAACUUCCAACCAUGUUUCAGGCAGACCCAAAAAAUUACCAAAGAGAAAUGAAGAUUUUUUAUGA